UUGCCAAUUGGCAUAAAUAAGAGUAGAGUUUAGCCCCACUUCGUUAUCUAAUGGUAACCCCUAACCAUAUAUUUGGAAAACGGUUGGUCCUUUUGAAGAAAAGAAAUAUAUGAGAGUCCCGCGAUUACCCAACCUUUGAAGAAUACCAAACCUUGCCUCCCACACCUCUUUUCUCUUCUCUAUACUACAUCUCUCUCCAUGAGCUGCACCAAGUCAAAACUGGGAAACAAUCCCUUUCCUUCUCUCCCAAACCUUUCCAUGCUCUGUAACCAGUCAUUCAUCUUCUCAAGCAAGGCAUCCAUCUCUCUCUCUAUAUAUAUAUUAUCUCCAAUAUCACAUCUUCACAAUCCCAAUAACCUUUUCUUCUUCUUCUUUCUCUGGUUUGGUUUUAUACCUCUUCUUCUCAUACCAACAUUAUGUCUGAACAAAAAGAAUCUGUUUCUGCUUCUGCUUCUGCUGCUAGCCCUGCCGCCGCCAUGGUGGCCAUUCCGUUCAAGUACUCUACCCGGGUUGUCUUGAAAACGAUACUGGACUCCGGCGACGGCCGGGGUGGCCUGGGAUUUAUUGGUCAGAGAGUUAUCAUUGGCGGGUGGGUGAAGUCUUCUAAAGAGGUUAGAAAAGAGCUCGUGGCCGUGGCUGAGCCGCCUCCGGUUUAUCAACAUGCGGCUAGUCCGACUCCGACUCCGACUGGAGAUGUUUCUUGUUCGGAGAUCCUUCAGUCUCGCAUACCCUUUAUACGUUCCAUCAUAAAAAUCUUGGGAGGAGGAAAUUACUCUGUUCGUGACAAGUUCGAGCUGCCUGCAGCUCCAAGGCCAGCCCCUCCUUCUAUCUCCUUUUUGCAAGUUAAUGAUGGUUCAUGCGUUUCAAGUCUUCUGGUGGUUGUAGACUCUUCUAUAGCUCCCCCUAGUCAGAUACUGCAUACUGGAACUUGUAUCGUUGCAGAAGGUGAAAUCAAGAAGUCUUCAGCUGAGGGUAAACAUGUGAUCGAGCUCAGAGUGGAGAGAGUACUUCAUAUUGGAAGAGUGGAAUAUGAUAAGUAUCCAUUAUCAAAGAAGCAGCUUCCAUUGCACCAGUUAAGAGAAUGUCCUCAUUUUCGACCUCGUACAACCACGGUGGCAACUGUUAUGCGAAUUCGUAGCGCUUUGAGUUUUGCAGCUCAUACUUUCUCCCAAAACCAUGGAUUUUUGUGUGUACAAGUACCAACCAUCACAAUCACAGACAGUGAAGGUUUUAGCGAGAAGUUUCAGGUUACAACUGGGGUUUUUGAGAAAGUGAGUAAGAAAGCGGAGUCAAAGAUGAUUGAUGACACUGAAAAUAUUAGCCUUGAAGUCGUUAAGGCUGCUGUUAAGGAGAAAAGUAAGAUAGUUGAGGAGCUCAAAAGGACUGACAGUAAUAGAGAAGCACUAAUUGCUGCAACCAAGGAUUUACAGAAAACCUCUGAGCUAGCUGCGCAGUUGGAAGCAAAAGAGAAAUCCAAACCAAAGAGUUCCCCAAAGGCUGAUCAUCACACAGCAUCUGAAAACUUUUUCUCCAGUCAAACACAUCUGACUGUUUCUGGUCGUCUUCAUUUGGAGAGCUAUGCAUCUUCCCUUGGAAAUGUAUAUGCAUUUGGACCAAGAUUUCGAGCAAUUAAAACUGAGUCUCCAAAGCAAGUAGCAGAAAUGUGGACGGUUGAGAUGGAAAUGGCCUUUUCUCAGUUAGAGGAUGCCAUGAAUUGUGCAGAAGACUUUUUCAAGUUCCUCUGCAAGUCGCUUUUGGACAAAUGUUCUGAAGAUAUGAAAUUUGUCCUAAAACGAAUGGACAAAAACUGUAUUGAACGUCUUCAUUUAAUUAUCUUGAAUUCAGCUCAAAGGAUCUCUUAUACAGAAGCAUUAGAAGCUCUGAAGAAACAUGUUGCUGAUAAGAAAGUGGAAAGAAAACUUGAAUGGGGGGUUGCACUAACAACAGAACAUCUAAGUUAUUUGGCUGACGAGAUGUACAAAAGGCCUGUAAUCAUAUACGACUAUCCAAAACAAGUUAAGCCAUUUUAUGUACGCCAGAACGACGAUGGACGAACAGUUGCAGCAUUUGAUUUGGUGUUACCAAAGGUUGGAAUUUUAGUUUCAGGGAGCCAAAAUGAGGAGCGCUUCAAUGUGCUAAGCACAAGGAUCAAGGAGCUGGGAUUGGCAGCAGAGCAGUAUGAAUGGUACUUGGAUCUUCGCCGCAAUGGAACGGUCAAGCAUGCUGGAUUCAGUUUUGGGUUUGAUCUUAUGGUUCUCUUCGCCACUGGCCUGGCUGAUGCUAGAGAUGUUAUCCCCUUUCCCAGAAGUUAUGGAAAAAUAAACAACUGAUCAAGUUUUUGCAACAGAACUUACAGAUCAAUUGUAAAUCCAGAUAGAGAAACAUGUAAAAACAAUACACUCACAACCAAAAAAGAAAAGUAUACAUCCUGUAAAGAUCUUGAAUGUAAAUUGAAUAAGGCUCAAAUGAGCAGAUAUACUCGUGUACAUGAUGAAAAUGGGAAAGUUUAUAAACUGAAUAAAUGGUGACAAU